UACGCGCUCACGUCGCUGGUUGAAGCACAAGGCACCCACCUCAGCCUACCUUUUACCCCGCCACAGUGAUUGGUUUGUUGGUCGGCUGGUUUAGUACCUAGCCUCCGCUACCUACUUGCCUAGGUACCUAGCUGACUCCUCCAACUUCCAUCAUCACCCAAAAACAAUCACGAAUCCUCUCUUCACUUUCUCUCUGCAACCGGCAAAUCUCUUACUCACAUCACCAGUCACUCUAGCACGAACCACAAACAUACCCAAUAUGUCCGAAUCUACCUCUACACAGAAGGUCUGGCUGGCCUCCAAUGACAGCGCCACCAUCGAAGUCGACCGCGUUGUUGCCGAACGAUCCAUGUUGAUCAAGAACAUGUUGGAAGACAUCGGUGAUGAGGGCAUCAAUGCUGAAAACCCUAUUCCUAUCCCCAACGUGAACGAGGCCGUUCUUCGCAAGGUGAUUGAGUGGUGCGACCACCACCGCAACGACCCCCUCCAGGCACAGGAUGAUGAUUCCGACGCUCGCAAGAAGACCACCGAUAUCGAAGAGUGGGACCAAAAGUUCAUGCAGGUCGAUCAGGAGAUGCUGUUUGAAAUCAUCCUCGCAUCCAACUACCUCGACAUCAAGCCUCUUCUUGAUGUCGGCUGCAAGACUGUUGCAAACAUGAUCAAGGGCAAGUCUCCCGAAGAGAUCCGCAAGACUUUCAACAUUACGAACGACUUCACUCCCGAGGAGGAGGAGCAGAUCCGCCGUGAGAAUGAGUGGGCUGAGGAUCGUUAAGCUCCCGUUUGUGUAUUAUUAGGGAUAGAGGUUGCGGGGAGGUAUCAGUCGGACUAUGGCAUGGAUCGAUCCUUGGGUCAUGGGUCGCAGGAAACUUUCCUGUCAAGCCCUCUCAAUCCAGGAUCGAAUGAAUCUUGAUGAGUCACAGGGGUCGCAUUUGGCGUUAAAGUUUGGUUU